GACACAGCACAUAGAAAUGCAAUAUAGAACUGACAGUUGUACACAUUGGGAUGGCAAAGGAGAGUACAAACUUGGACACAAGUCAAGGUGAUUGUACGGGUGACAAAUAUUUGACCAAAUUCAGUCUAGCGCAAACGGAAAGGAAUGUUACCUUUCUGAAUUACACAGGACGGGAAUGGCCAGAAUAGGAGUCAUAUUACCCAGUAUUCUGCUCGGUCUCGUCAUUGUGGUGGCCAUACAAAUCCACGUUCUUCGUGAGACUUAUAUCGAACUCAGGGAGGAGAUGAUCAGAUUGCAUAAGCACACCAAUGUAAGGAAUGUGCCCGGUGUACCAUUGACAGACUACCUAGAUUUAGAGUCUGAAAAUGCCGACAAUUACCUAGAUCAAUAUACCACCGCCUUACACAAUACUGACGAUGAUCAGAUGGACGAAGCAUCGCAAGGUACUUCGAUAGAUGCCGACGUUCCACCCCAUCAAAACAUCGUGAUCCUAAAAACGCACAAAACCGCGAGCAGCACCCUCCAGAAUAUCCUCAUGCGAUUCGGCAUUGAGAGAAACCUAACGUUUGCUAUAGGAAAGGGUGUGUACCGUUUAGGCUAUCCAUACCAUUUUCGAAAGAACGACACUUUUCCUCUAAAUGUGGAUCACAUCAACAUAUUUUGCCACCACGCUCGGUACAGCGACGACAUAAAGGAAAUCAUGCCUUCAGAUAGUAAAUACAUUACGAUUCUCCGUGAACCACUUUCCCUUUUCCCUUCCCUCUUUUUUUACUAUGAUAUACCGAGCGUGCUACGCAUGAAUGUCACAGGUAGCGUUGCCUUGGAUACGUUUACAUCGAACCCAACGGAAUGGACUAGGGCCAUUCCCGUGUAUGGUUCCUCAUUACGGAAUCCCAUGCUCUUCGAUUUAGGACUCCCACUUGCUUCGCUUGGAAAUCUUAGCGAUAUUAGGAGUUAUAUUCAAAGAAUAGACACUGUCUAUGACUUGAUAUUGAUAUGCGAAUAUUUUGAUGAAUCUUUGAUUAUGAUGCGGGAUAUGUUAAAUUGGAGCACAGACGACAUAGUAUACAUCAAACAAAACGCAAGAUCAGACGAUCAUUCAAAACCGAUCUCGUCCAAAACUGUAGAGAAAUUACGCAAAUGGAACGAAGGAGACGAGGUACUUUAUGAUCACUUUAACAGAACAUUUUGGAACAAAGCGAAGAAAUAUGGCCUUGCAAAGCUUCAACACGAGGUGGCAAAAUUUCGCAGUCGUCUGCGUGAGUGGGCGCGCUCAUGCGUAAGCGAUGUGCCAAUUCGUGGUAUUGAGAUGAAGGACAAGGACUUCCGGCCUUAUGGACCAAACACUCUUGUCUAUCCCCUGCUGCCGGAACAAAAUCAGAACUCGACGUGCCGGCAUCUUGUUAAACCCGAGUUGAAAUUUACUGUUGAAAUAGUUCGUUCUAUGUACGCCAGAGGAUUGUUUCAAUUGCCCUCUACGAGAAAUGAAAGCCAGCAAAAUGAAUAUGUGUUGCUAGACGCUUUAGUGAAUUCAUAAAUAUAACCUAUGCUAAUAAUCUUCUUCAUUUUCAACAUUUGCGUCAAAAAUGAUAAAUUUGGUUGCGAGAUGAU